AUGGCCAGGAAGAUAUUAGUUGAUGAAGAAAUGGACCAAACCAAUAAAGAGGAGGCUCAUUAUGAUUUCGACUUGUUUGUUAUCGGCGCCGGAAGCGGUGGCGUUCGUGCUGCCAGAUUCUCCGCUAACUUUGGAGCUAAGGUUGGGAUUUGCGAGCUCCCAUUUCAUCCAAUCAGUUCAGAAGUCAUUGGAGGAGUUGGUGGGACGUGUGUUAUACGUGGUUGUGUCCCCAAAAAGAUUUUGGUUUAUGGAGCAACGUUUGGAGGUGAACUUGAGGAUGCCCGGAAUUAUGGGUGGGAGUUGAAUGAGAAGCUCGAUUUUAAUUGGAAGAAGCUUCUUCAUAAAAAGACUGAUGAAAUAAUCAGAUUAAAUGGAAUAUACAAACGGUUAUUGUCAAAUGCUGGUGUUAAGUUGUUUGAAGGGGAGGGAAAGAUUGUAGGUCCAAAUGAAGUUGAGCUGACACAGUUGGAUGGAACUAAACUCUCCUAUUCAGCUAAGCAUAUACUUAUUGCAACUGGCAGCAGGGCUCACCGUCCUCUUAUUCCUGGGCAGGAGUUGGGCAUAACUUCUGAUGAAGCUUUGAGUUUGGAGGACUUGCCUAAGCGUGCUGUUGUAUUCGGAGGAGGGUACAUUGCUGUUGAGUUUGCAUCAAUCUGGAGAGGGCUGGGUGCUGAUGUAAAUCUCUUUUUCAGAAGGGAGCUUCCUUUGAGAGGGUUUGAUGAUGAAAUGAGGGCAGUGGUUGCAAGAAAUCUGGAAGCAAGGGGAGUUAAUUUGCAUGCACAGACGAAUUUGACUGAGUUGGUUAAAACAGAUAAUGGCAUAAAAGUUAUUACAGAUCACGGUGAGGAGUUUAUAGCAGAUGUUGUACUAUUCGCUACAGGAAGAUUACCAAACUCUAAGAGGUUAAAUUUGGAAGCUGUAGGCGUCGAACUUGAUAACACUGGCGCUGUGAAGGUGGAUGAGUACUCACGCACUAACAUCCCCAGUAUCUGGGCUGUUGGUGAUGUUACAAAUCGGAUGAACCUGACUCCAGUGGCCUUAAUGGAAGGAACUUGCUUUGCGAAAACUGUUUUUGGUGGGGAAUCUAGCAAAGCGGACUACAGCAAUAUACCUUGUGCGGUUUUUAGUAUCCCUCCGCUUUCUGUUGUUGGUCUCAGUGAAGAGCAGGCUAUUGAACAAGCAAAUAGCGAUGUUCUGGUUUUCACAUCAACCUUCAAUCCAAUGAAGAACACCAUAUCUGGACGGCAAGAAAAGACAGUCAUGAAGUUAGUCGUUGAUCAGGAGACUGACAAGGUACUCGGGGCAUCUAUGUGUGGGCCAGAUUCACCUGAAAUUAUGCAGGGCAUUGCUGUUGCACUAAAGUGUGGAGCGACUAAGGCACAAUUUGACUGCACGGUGGGGAUUCAUCCUUCGGCUGCUGAGGAGUUUGUGACCAUGCGGUCUGUUUCAAGGCGCAUCACCGUUAGUCGGAAAUCAAAGACAAAUCCGUAGACGAUCCAGUCCAGUUUAAACAUGUUCCACGCAACAAAAGGUAAUAAGAUGGUUUCAUCAUUAUUCACAAUGAAGGGCGUACUUUGUGUUGUAUUAGUUCAAAUAGAUAUGUACCCUUUAAAGUCAUCAGUGUACUGAACCAUUUGGAUUAGCAUCUUUGAUUUAUGAUCUGAAAUAAUGAAAAUUUUACAUGAUUUAUGAUCUGAAAUAAUGAAAAUUUUAUUCUGAUGUU